UGCAGAUGUGUCUAGAGCCGUUGGUGUUUGGUGACAUGUUCGGACUCGGUGGUGUAUAUGCUCCUGUGUCAGUAAUGUAAAGGCGUUGGAGGUUCAUCUCGGCGCGUUUCCUCCUGUUCGAAGCAGCGACGCGCGGAGUGGGCUGAGCUACAUGUCAACGCACUUAGGAGAUACGAGCCACAGCACUACCUACUCGUCGGCUGUGAUGGACGGGAAACCCGAAUCGGUGUAAAUGUGGAUAUACACGAAUGACUCGGAUGAAUGGUUUACCUGAUGCUUGUUUUAAUCGCUUAUUAUUGACGCCACUUAAACCGAGCUGCCACCAUGAAAAUCAGACGGAGAUUUUUACCCAGAUGCUGCUCUUUUUCUCCAUAGCGUGCCGUGAGCUAAGUAAAUGGACACAAUGUUGCUGGCCUCGGCCGCGGUGGUGUGGGAAUGGCUGAACGAGCACGGCCGCUGGAGGCCCUACAGCCCUGCUGUGUCUCAUCACAUCGAGACGGUGAUCCGAAGCGAAUCCCGGGGAGGGAGCGUCGUGCUAGGCCAAGCAGACAGCCGCCUCUCGCCCUACAUCAUCGACUUACAGUCAAUGCAUCAGUUCAGGCAGGACACAGGUACUUUAAGGCCAGUACGUAGAAGUUUCUAUGACCCCACUUCAGCACCAGGUCAGGGCUGGCAGUGGGAGUGGGAGAAUGAUGCGGGUUCUUGGACACCAUACGACAUGGAGGUGUGCAUCGCCCUGCAGGCGGCACGGGAUCGCCAGCAGCCAUGGUUGGAUCUGGCACCGCUUGGCUUCUGCUACCUCGUGGACUUUCAAAGCAUGACUCAGAUCAAUCAGCAAACACAGAGGCGCCGCCGCAUCCAGAGACGCUCAGACAUGACCUAUCCGCUUGUCUCUGGACCAUUGCCAAAAGCCUCCCAAGGUUGGGGCACUGGGCCUGGAGGGGCUGCUGCUGGUGGAGGCACUGCAGGUGGAGGUUCAACUGGAGCACUUCUGGGAGUUGGAGUUUCUGGAUCUAGCUCAAGUGGAAAUGGUGGUCCACUCUACCCUAGUGGAACACUUUCAAUAUCAUCUAUUUCCCCUCCUGGACAGCCGUGUGCCUGCCAACAGUGUAUGCUUGUCUUGAGCGUGAAAGCAAAUGCCAUGGCAUCACAAACACUAGGACGCAGACUGCCAGCCACAAAAGCACUCAGUCCUAAUUCCAGCAGAGGGACACUUCCAUACUCCUCUACAACCUCAUCCAUAUCAAAUUCAUACUCGCAAACACUGCCUCAUGGGCUGUCCUUGAACCGCUCCCUCUCACAAGAGCGCAAGAAUGCUGCUGCUUUUGCUCAGUCUUUGUCCAUGCUCUCCUCAAACACUGCCACUCUUUCACUGUCCUCCAAUCGUCCACCUCCUCCAUCUUUGCCCCCUCCACCACCUCCACCAGCAUCACAUCAGCAGUCUUUAUCUAUGCCAAGCUGCACCUCAACAACAUCUUCUUCUCAAUCAGUGCCAACUGCAACACUUAUCACUGUGGCUACAAGCGGCACGUCAAGUUCAUCCUCAUCGUCAGCAUCAACAGCCGUUCCACCUCAGCGUUCUACAGCCUGUGCCGCACCUUUGCCCCCUCGUGCCAGUCUGGCAGGGCUGAGCCGGCCAGCGCUACAAAGAAUUGCCAUGGCACAAUCCCGGGCACUCAUUGCCUCUGGCGUGCCAACAGUGCCAGUGAAGAAUCUUAAUGGUUCCAGUCCCAUCCAUCCAGCUUUAGCAGGAAUCACAGGUAUUCUGAUGAGUGCAGCAGGGCUACCUGUGUGUUUGACACGUCCUCCUAAACUGGUUCUGCACCCUCCUCCUGUCAGCAAGAGUGACAUCAAACCAAUCCCCGGUCUUGGACACUGCUGCCGGAAAACCAGCAAAAAACAGGCUCGCAAAGGCAAGACUCCAGAGGAGGUAGUGAAGAGAUACCUACAGAAAGUCAGGAAUCCUCCUGAAGAGGACUGCACUAUUUGUAUGGAGCCUUUGGCUGGCCCUUCUGGUUAUAAAGGCCCAGGUGUGGGUGCCGUGUCCCGCGCAGAGUCAGUGGGUCGACUGACACAGUGCGGCCAUCAGUACCAUCUACAGUGCCUGGUAGCCAUGUACAACAACGGCAACAAAGAUGGCAGCUUGCAGUGUCCCACAUGCAAGACGAUCUAUGGUGUGAAGACGGGCAACCAGCCACCUGGGAAGAUGGAAUACCACGUCAUUCCUCACUCACUUCCAGGACACCCUGACUGCAAAACUAUUCGCAUAAUAUACAACAUACCACCAGGCAUACAGGGCUCUGAGCACCCAAACCCAGGAAAGCCUUUCACAGCAAGAGGUUUUCCACGCCACUGCUAUCUUCCAGACAGUGAGAAAGGACGGAAGGUGUUAAGACUUUUAUUGGUAGCAUGGGACAGGAGGCUGAUCUUCUCAGUGGGUACGUCUAGCACCACGGGCGAGUCUGACACAGUCAUCUGGAAUGAGAUCCAUCAUAAAACCGAGUUUGGCUCCAACCUCACAGGUCAUGGCUACCCUGACCCCGGCUACCUGGACAAUGUUUUGGAGGAGCUGAAGGCUCAAGGCAUGACAGAGGAAGAUGGACAGCAGCUGUGAAGAACAGGACAGCUAGGAGAAAGAGUAUAGAGUUCAAACAAAGGUUGACGCUAUGAGAAGUGGACUUAAAAUGGGAGGGGGCUAACUGGACAAUUAGGCUUUUUUGUUGGGUUUUAGGAAAUUUUAUGUUUUGGGAAAAGUGGUUUCGUAGGCACAAAGCGUGUGUGUGUGCAUCCUAGAGUGACUGUGUGUUUGAAUUAAUGAGUGAAUGAGGGGAAAAAUGACAUGCUCAGUUGUAGACCAAAUGUUAUGCAUAAAUGAAUAAGAGCUGUGGUUAUGUAUUCCUGGCCCUCUAAUUUAUUUAUUGAUAUUGAUUAAUAAAUAGGCAGCACUAAUACUUUUAGCUAAGAAGAUGGAGUGUUGAAAGAAAGGAAAUGAAAAAGGUUCAGCAACAGAAGGAAAAGAAAGUACACUGAAUAGAGAAAUUGGAAAUGUACGGGAAGGUAAACUUGUGGUGGGGAGCCUAAGCAGAAGAAUGAGAAUAAGAAAGGCCAAAGAAUGUAGUUUUCAUCUCAUAAGUUAAUAAAUUAGGUAUCCAUUUUGAUAGAGCUGUAGUGAAGGUUGGGGGGUGUCUGUGUGUGCUUGUGUGAAGGUGAGAGGAAAGCCUUGUGCCCUCAAAAAAAUUCACAUUUCCUUAAAAACAUUCCUUAUUACGACCAUUUCAUAAGAUUGAGUUAUAUAAUCUGAGACCUGAGUGCUUAACUUGUAUCAUGAUUGCUGUUAUCAUGUAAUACCAUUCCAUUAGAUUCAUUUCCUAUAAAACUUUAUUGCAUUAUUUUUUUAAGAGUCAUGGACGAUGAUAUGUGGGUGUGGCUCAGAAUGCUGAAUCUGUUGAACUACCCUGUCACAGAGUUGUAAACACCUACGGUGUAGUUUCUGUAGAAUAAGUGAAUGCUUAGUGCGGACUGAAAAGUGACGAAAAAGAUUUCUGUUGGUUUUUAGUUUUAGUUUUUUGUUUUUUAAGUCAAAUAUCCUUUUUAGGGUUUACAUGUAUUUUUUGUGGCCCUAAUUUCUCCAUAUCAAAUAUAUAUAUUAGUGCCUCUUUGAGGUAUUGGGUAUGAUUAAAAUGUCCUGGCUUUUCACAGUGAUAGAGAGGACAAAUCUGUAUAUGAUACAGCACAUUGACUAUGUUUACAUGGACACCAAUUAUCUAAUUAUUGUCUUUAUUCUGAAUAAGACAACAUUGUGAUUAAGGUGUACACGAGUCGCUUUUAGAAUAUUCCUUUCACGUUCCCGUUUUACAUGUUACAGAACAUAGAUUGAUUAAUGGCACACUUCAUUACAUCCCCAUGCCAUGCCGUCCGACGUUCCUUCCAGAAUUUCAUGUAUCGACAUACAGUUUGUCUUCGUUAUGGUACCGUAUACAGUUUUGGGUGUUUUAUUUUUAAUUUCACGAACGCUUCUGGUGCAGUUAAUUAUUUGUCAUGCUAUAUGUGCAAAUAGACGACUGCUUGAAGCCGCGGGAUAUGUCCGAAACCAUGUAUGUACCUAGUAUGUAGUAGCUGAGAUACAUGUAUCUCUCCUACUAUAUAGUAGCUGACAUACAUGUAUCUUGCCUACUAUAUAGCAGGUAAGUACACGGUUUCAGACGCAGCUGUGCUCUCUUGUUUGCCGUCAAACGGUUGAGCACUGCCAUGUGUGUAGGUGUCCUGUCACAGAAUGCUGUGAAAACUCCCACACGACUUUAAUAAUGUGAUUAAGGUGUGUACAUGUCUGUAAUGCACGUCGAUAAUACGACUAAAACAGGAAUACUCCACAUGUCUUAAUUUGAUUUGUGUUUACUUUGGCUAUGCCUUUAGUCGGAUUAAGGUAAUAAAAAACUGCUGUUUACAUGGUAGUUUAUCAAUCAGAGUAUUGUUUUAAUCUGGUUAAUAUUGGAUUAUUGUUAUCCAUGUAAACAUACUGACUCAGACCAAUGGAAGUAAAAGCCACUUGCUAUUAUAAGAGGAGCUGGAGGAUUUUAAUAUGUUUACUGUUGGUAUAGUAGAAGAGUCUUAAUACGAAGAGGUUAAUAUUAAACAGGUAAUAAGGAAAGAAUGGAAGGUCAAGCAGCUGUAUGGAAGUUAAAUAUCAAAAGAUAGUUGUUCAAAACAGUAAUACACUAUAUUGUCAAAAGUCUGUGGAUACCUGACCAUCACACCCAUAGGUCUGUGUUCCCUAAACUGUUGCCACAAAGUUGGGAGCACACAAUUUUAUAGGAUGUCUUUCUAUGCUGUAGCAUUAAGAUUUCCCUUCCCUGGAACCAAAGGGCCCAAACCUGUUUCAUCAUGAUUAUGCCCCUGUGCUCAAAGCGAAGUGUGGAACUCGAAAGUUAUGCACAGAGCCAUGACUUCAACUCCACUGAACAUCUUUGGGAUGAAUUGGAAUGCUGACUGCACACCAGGCCUCUUCACUUGACACCAUUCCUUGACCUCCCUAAUGCUCUUGUGGAUGAAUAUGCACAAAUCCCCACAGCCACACACCAAAAUCUAAUGGAAUACCUUCCUAGGUGGGGACUAAAUUUAAAGUUUUAAUGCCCAUGUUUUUUGAAUGGGCACAUAUGGAUAUGAUGGUCAGGCAUCCACAUAUUUUUGACUAUAUAGUGUAUUAAAGCUGCAAAUCUAAAUACCCUUAAAUUUCAUAUUUAAACCUAUUCUAGAUUCACAACUGAAUUGUUGGGAUCUGUUUGCAGUUUAAUGUAAGUGUGGCCUCUACUGGUUCAGUUUAGAUUUUCUUUUGUGUGUGUUCCAAGCUGUGCUGCACUGCCUUCUUCCAUACCCCCUGUGUCUGUUAUCCAGUUUGUGUGUUCAGUCAAUAAUUGACCUGUUCUGUCGUUCUGUCUUUGACCCAAGUGUGUGCCAUAAUUGUGUCUCUGUAAGAGUGAAACAUGCAUGUGUGAGAACAGAUGUCUACUGUAUGCAUGCAAUUGCGCUUGAUUGCGUUUGUGUGUGUGUAUGUAUGGUGUGUUUUCUGACCUAAUUUAAGGUACAAUUAUUUUCUUAUUUUCUGCAUGCUUUUCUUUUCGGUACAUAUUUAGUGCAUUAGUACCUGCAUUUCUUUAUUUCUUCCCAUUCCAGAUUAAACAUUUCACACCUUCCGGUACUAGGUUAUAGAACUCCCCAGACUUUCCGAAGUGUACAGAAAGUGUACACUGUAUUUGUACAUCUCUGUAUUUGUCAUUGUCUUUUCUUUGUGAAAAGGAAUCUAAAAGUAGUAUUCUCUGAUUGUGUAAAAUGUCCUGUUCUCUGAGCAGAGUCAGCUCCCUCUUCCCGUUAACACCUAAACAGCAGAAAUCUCACAUAAUUCACAGUUAUGUUUGGGAAACGUGUGUGAAAUGGAUAACAUUUAGCUUUUUUAAAAUGGUAUUUUCUGCACUGCAGAAAGUUUGGAUAAAUGCAGGAUCAAAACAACAAAAUGUGUGUAAAUAGUAAUUGGGGGAAUGUAAAUACAUCAAUUUGAGGUAUGUUAUUAAAUGACAAAAAAUAAAGAAUGAGUGAUAGUUG